AACAAUUGCAUCAGUUGCUCCAAAUCGUUCAAAUUUUACAAAAUUCUGAUAUGCCACCAGAUAAAGGUUCUUCGCUCGUAAUUUUCGUCGUUGGACUUUGCUUGUAAACUAAAGUUUAAAAGAAAAAUGAAUUUUUUAGUCUCAAAUGCAAAUAAGGCUAGACAUUUGCCAAAUAUUCGCAAAUAUAAAAACCAGUUGACUGAAGAAUUGAAAGUUUUAAAUAAUUAGAGUCCAGUUCAGCCACAUAUUCAGUAUCUGAAAAUACUGAAAUGGAUCGUUUUAUCCCAAAGCAAGAAGUUACUAAAGAUUAUGUUGCUUUAAGGUCAUCUGAAGAUGGAAAUUGCCUCAACAGUUCAGCUUCUCUUUUAAGCAAUUCGUCUCUGAAGACAGUUAAUGUGUUAAGGCUUCUAACUUCGAUUGAAUUGUUUGAAAAAGCUUCCUACUAUGCGAGGUGCUCCAUUUUUGUUAAACAGGUUGAAAACAAUAAUUUUUCUAAUCUUUCCAGUGUUCUAGUAGCCUGUGUUUCUUUUGAAUGUUCAGAUCAAUUUAAAUUAAUUAACAGUGAAUCAGCUUCUGAAAUUAUAAUAAUGGAAGCAUUGAUCAACUGCCGAGCUAACAAGUUUUCUUCAUUUUUAUGUCUAAUUGCUUUGUCAUCAGUUUUAAAUAUUCCUAUUAGAUCAAUUAAUCCAGAUGUUGGCUUAGAAAAAUUCAAAAAACUUUUUAAUACAAUUAUUUUUCCAUUUCGUUCAAUUAAAAAUCAAGAUCAAAGUGUUUUAAAUAUUUUAUGGUGUAAUACUGAUAUUAUGUCAGUGAUGCAAAAUAAUAAUAACUGGACACCGAACCAUUUUGUACCGAUUAUUAAAAAGCCUAAACUAAUUUCUAGUAAUAAUAAGAAUUUGGCUAUAAAAAACGAUGCUACUUAUCCUUUACACUUUUUUAGUCCUAAAACUGAAACAAAUAAAAAAAAAAAAAACUUGAUUCUGCAAAAAAUGUGAAAAUUCAAUCUAAAAUUAACUUUAAAAAAGACAAUGCUUUCAUAGAGUUGCCUUUUGAACCUUCUGUAGAUUCAAAAAUAGUUAAGUCAUUAGACUCCAACUCAGUUAUUAUUCCUUCAUAUAAUGAAUUAAAUUCUUUGUAUGAUGUUUCAAUAUAUCUUGUUCGAGGUAAACUUUUAAUUGCUGGCAAAGAUGAUUCUAUUUUGUUAGAUAUGGUAAACAAAGUAUUUUGUCCUAAUUCUAUGUUUGUUUUUCCAAUAUCUUUUAAUACAAAAAGAUCAUUUAAAUUUAAAUGGCUCAGCCAGUUUUCUUGGUUAGCUUAUUCUAGCAAAGAAGAUGGAGCUUACUGUCUUCCUUGUACUUUGCUAGGUGCUAGUAUUCCGAAUAAGUCUGGAAUAUUAAAUUUAGUUUUCAAGCCCCAUCAAGAGUGGGGUAAUGCUGUUCGUGAUUAUAGAAAACAUGAGGAAAAUUGUGUUUUACAUAAAAAAUCUAUGCUUUCAUUUAAUGCAUUGCUUUCAAGUUGCAAUUCCAAAAGUAAUGUUAUUGAGGUUGACUUAAAUAAUUCUCGUUUGAAACUUCUUUCUGAUAACCGAAAAAAAUUAGUUCCAAUAAUUAAAACAAUAAUAUUUCAUGGUAGAAACGAUUUAGCAUUUCGUGGACAUCGUGAUGAUAGCAAAUAUCAUCCUGACAUUGGGGAAUCUUCUACACAAAAAGUUGGAGUUGGUAACUUCAUAGAGCUUUUAAAUUUUCAUGUUGAUGCUGGUGAUCAAGUAUUAGCUAAUCAUUUUUCUUUAAGUCCAAAAAAUGCAACCUAUAUAUCAAAAACUACCCAAAACCAACUUAUUGAUUCUUGUGGGAAAGCAAUUGAGGAAGUUUUAAUAAAAAAUGUCAAGCAUUCAAUUUUUUUUUCAAUUCUUUGUGAUAAAGCAGUUGACUGUUCAAAUACUGAACAAAUGUCACUUGUUUUAAGAUAUGUAAAUUCAAAUAAUGAGAUUUGCGAGGAUUUCUUAAGAUUUAUUGAUUGCAAGACUGGUACAUCUGGUCUUAGUCUAUCUCUAAAUGUACUUAAUGCACUUCAAGAGUUUGGACUUGAUAUUCAAAAUUGUAGAGGCCAAGGGUAUGACAGUGCAGGUUGUAUGGCAGGUGAGUAUAAAGGAGUUGCUUCUCAAAUAAAAGCCCUUAAUCAUAAAGCUAUAUUUGUUCAUUGUGCAAGCCAUAGACUUAGUUUAGUAGUAGCAGCUGCAUGCCAAGUUCCAAAAGUAAAAAAUCUUCUUGGCCAAGUAAAAGAAGUUUCUUAUUUUUUUAACUUAUCUCCUAAACGUAGUAACUGUCUCAAAAAACAUUUAAGUCCAAAUCAUGAAAAAAUAAUAGAUACUUGUCGAACAAGAUGGGUUCAAAAGCUGAGAGGUGUUGAUGUUUUUUUUGAUAAUUUUAUACCUAUUAUUCAUGCUUUAGAGGAGAUGGGGUUAAAAGAGUCAAAGGAAUAUAACAGUGAAACUGCUUCUAAAUCCUCUUCUUUUUUAAGAUUAUUAACAGAUUUCUCUUUCAUUGUAAGUUUAGUUAUUACAAAACAAUUAAUGGAUUUUUUUAUGCAAUUACUGUAACUC